UUUUCAGCACUGACCUCCAUCACACCAUCAGUGUCAUGUGGAGAUGUGGAGGAAAGUAAGGAGCCCUCCCAGCUGCUGUUUUCACGGGCAUCCGUGACGAAAUCCGCCAAAUAUAAGAGCGCGCACCUGGACACGCGUCUCGAGAGGAGAGUCAACUGAAACGCGCACGGCCACCGCUGCUGACCUCCAGCAAUACUCAAACAGCAAUGAUGUUCAACAUCUUCUGCGUCUCUUCGCUUCUUCUGUUCCACCUGACAGGUGCCAAACCGGUGUCCAGUUUACAGAGUCUCAAGGAGCUUUUAGAUGAAGAAAUAAACGCGCCGCUCGCGGAGUCGCAGAUGGAGCAGAAGAGCGCGCAGGUGGAGGCGCGCGAGGAGGCGCAUCAGUGGGAUUCGGACCCUGGAAACUCCGCGCUGGCGCGCACGGACGCGGCGCUCGAGCGUCUGCUGGGAGACAUCCUGUCCACAUCCAAACGAUCCUGGAGCCGCUUUAAGAAGGGCGGACUGAGGAGCUGUUUUGGGGUCCGACUGGAGAGAAUCGGGUCAUUCAGCGGACUCGGGUGUUAAGCGACAGGUGCGGCUGUCACGGCACAUUUCUUGACUUGAAAUCCUCUCGCAGGUGUUGACUGCAGGUUUACUGUAGAUUUGUGUUCAGGUGAUAUCUGUCUGUCAAUAUUUAUUCUGGAUUUAGAUCUGUAAAUAAUUGUAUGGAAAGACACUAAUGCUGCCUGUACUGUUGCAUCUAUUUAUUGAUUGAUUGAUUGAUUGACGUUCAAUGGACUCAUGUUUCAUGUAAGAUGAUGUAUAUUGCCACAACAUAAAUAUUGUGUGUCAACUUUGUCCAGGAUUAAAACGAUCAAAUUUAAACAUGAAUGACAGGCUGUUGAAGAGAAAUGAUUCCAGGUGCAGGUGUGGGUUUGUCCAUCUCAAACACGAGAUGAUAAAGAGAACUCAUUUAUGUACAGUAUACUCACUGUCUAAACAGAAAACAACAUGAGAGUCAAUUAUUACUAAAUAAAAGAUAUGAGCACAA